CUUCUCUUGACAACCUCCAUUCCCAUUGUUCAUAGUUGAAAGCAAGCUCCUCCUCCUCCGAUUCUCUCCGAUCUAUCGAGUAGAACUCUCAGAUUCAGAUAUUUGAUUUUCGGGGAUUUCGGAGAUUUAGGGUUUCUUUCUUCUCACGAUGUUUGGUAGAGCGCCGAAGAAGAGUGAUAAUACGAGGUACUAUGAGAUCCUAGGUGUCUCGAAGAACGCGUCUCCGGAGGAUCUGAAGAAGGCGUACAAGAAAGCCGCGAUCAAGAAUCAUCCCGACAAGGGUGGAGAUCCGGAGAAGUUCAAGGAAUUGGCUCAUGCGUACGAGGUACUAAGUGAUCCCGAGAAGCGUGACAUCUAUGACCAGUAUGGCGAGGAUGCUCUAAAAGAAGGAAUGGGCGGUGGUCCUGGUGGCCAUGACCCAUUUGACAUCUUCUCGUCGUUCUUUGGUGGUGGUGGUGGUGGUGGAUUUGGAGGCGGUGGUAGCAGCAGGGGUCGUAGGCAGAGACGGGGAGAGGAUGUAGUUCACCCACUAAAGGUUUCUUUGGAAGAUCUCUAUCUCAGCACAACCAAGAAGCUUUCCCUCUCUAGGAACGUUUUGUGCUCCAAGUGUAAGGGAAAGGGAUCGAAGUCUGGAGCAUCCAUGAAGUGUUCUGGUUGCCAGGGUUCUGGUAUGAAGGUCACGAUCAGGCAGCUUGGACCGUCUAUGAUUCAGCAGAUGCAGCAUGUGUGUAAUGAUUGCAAGGGUACCGGUGAGAUGAUCAGUGACAAGGACCGGUGCUCACAGUGCAAAGGAGAGAAAGUCUCCCCAGAGAAGAAAGUUCUCGAAGUUUUUGUGGAGAAGGGCAUGCAGAAUGGACAGAAAAUCACAUUCCCUGGUGAAGCCGACGAAGCACCUGACACCAUAACCGGAGACAUUGUGUUCAUCCUCCAGCAGAAGGAGCAUCCUAAGUUCAAGAGAAAGGGAGAUGACCUCUUCUAUGAACACACCUUAUGCCUCACCGAGGCAUUGUGUGGCUUCCAGUUUGUGCUGACUCAUCUCGAUGGCCGGCAACUCCUCAUCAAAUCGAACCCUGGCGAAGUUGUCAAACCCGGUAAGCAUUUCCCAAGAUCUGGUUUCGGAUGUCAUCCUCCGAUGUACCAAAGGCCGUUCAUGAAAGGGAAGCUAUACAUCCACUUCACGGUCGAAUUCCCGGAAACUCUGAAGCCGGACCAGGUGAAAGCCCUGGAGAAGGUGUUGCCGCCGAAACCGUCGACCCAAAUGUCCGAGAUGGAGCUGGACGAGUGCGAGGAGACGACGCUCCACGACGUGAAUAUCGAGGAGGAGAUGAGGAGGAAGCAACAGUCGCAGCAGCAAGAGGCUUACGAUGAAGACGACGACGAGCCUCACGGUGCUCAGAGGGUGCAGUGUGCUCAGCAGUGAAAAAAAAUAUUUGAUAUAUGAUGAAGAAAAACAAGUGGACUUUUGGUUUUAUAAGGUUUUGAUGACGAUACGAUAAGAUAAAAUGCUGUCACUUGGAUAAGUUUUCUAACGGAAAGAGAAAGUAUUAGCGGCUGAUGAUGACGGUUGCUUACGCUGAAUCUUAGUUCGUAUUAAUGAACUCUGCGGUAAGGUUGUUAAUGGCGA